AUGGAGACUUACAGUUUCUAUAACGUCUCGGUUGUGCUUUUCGCCGCAUUUGGUUCACUCUUCACUGGUUACUCGCUUGCUAUCAUCGUUCAAACCGUCGGACAACCUACAUGGUAUAAAUCCUUGCACUUAGAGCCUACUACUGGAGCACCUGGUUACAGUCAUACAACAUCUAUCAUUGGAGCUUCGAACGGUGUUUUCUUUGCAGGAGGCACAAUAGGAUGUCUUCUCGGCGGAUGGCUUGGUGAUAGACUAGGUCGAGUUCACGGAUUCAGGGUUGCAGCGCUUGUUGGUAUCAUCGGUGCCGCGAUUCAAACAGGUGCCGUCAAUCAAGCGAUGUGGCUAGUUGGCCGUGUAAUUACAGGACUUGCGGCUGGUCAGACCAUGGCUGCCAUGCCGACAUACUUUUCCGAAGUCUCUCCUCCUCAUUCGCGUGGUUUGAUGGCCGGAGCUCAUGGAUCUGUCCCUGAGAGUCCUCGAUGGCUAGUAUCCAAAGGUCAAGACGAGAAGGCUUUAGAUAUCCUUUGCAAACUGCAUCACGAUCCCGCAGACCCUGAAGAUCAUUUCGCCCACCAAGAGCUGAGAUUCAUCAAGAGCCAGUUGGAGGUAGACUUUGCGCUGAUCACUGAACAUGGUCAAUGGCAGCUGUUCACUAUCCCAACUUACCGCCGCCGGAGUAUCUUAGGCUUCGUGCUCAUGAUGGGCGGUCAGAACAUCGGCGUUCUCGUCAUCAACAAUUACAACACGUUGCUCUACCAAUCACUUGGUCUUUCCAAUACACAGGCUCUUGUUGUCAGUGCUGCUUAUAACACCUGGGCCGCCUUUGCGAAUAUGGGCGGGGCAACAGUGUCUGAUCGACUAGGGCGACGGAAGGCUCUUUUGGUUGGAUACGCUGGCUGUAUAGUCAUGUUCACUGUAGCUACGGGUUUGAUCGCCAAGUUCAGUGAGAACGCUUCGAAGACCUAUGCAGCUGCCGCUGUUACGUUUCUCUUCCUCUACGUAUUCUUUUACGGGGCAUUCAUUGACGUCAACCAAUACACUGUCGCAACCGAGAUCUUCCCCUCACAUCUGCGCUCACAAGGAUCCUCAUACUCUCUCGCCGCCUUCUUCCUCACAGACGUCUUGUGGGUUGACCUAGCUGCGACGGCACAAGCUACAAUUGGCUGGAAAUAUUAUCUUGUCUUCCUCUGUCUCGGCAUUGUACAUUUCAUCCAUUUAUGGUUUAAACUACCCGAAGUAUGUAUCUCCCCUUCUACAUUGAGUAUAAGCUAA